AUGCUCGGCAAGGUCAUUCUCGAAGAAGCUUUUGCCUUGCCUCGUCUGGAGGAAAAAACAAAAUGGUGGGCCGGUCUUUUCAGCACAGAUGCUGAAAAGCAUACAAAAGAGAUUCAAGAUAUUCAGGACAUCCGUUUAAAGUUUGCGGAUCAAUAUGGUGUAGGCUACACUAUCCUAUCUUACACUGCACCUGGUGUCCAAGAUAUCUUUGAUCCCAAGGAAGCUCAGGCUUUGGCUGUGGAGAUCAAUGAUUAUAUCGCCGAGCAAAUCAAGCCCUUCCCUGAUCGUCUCGGAGCCUUCGCCACCUUGUCCAUGCACGACCCGCAGGAAGCUUCCGAUGAAUUGAGGAGAUCAGUUACAAAGUACGGUUUCAAGGGCGCGUUGGUAAACGAUACUCAACGAGCUGGCGCAGAUGGCGAAGAUUACGUUUUCUACGAUCAGCCAGAAUGGGACGUUUUCUGGCAAACACUGGUGGAGCUCGACGUACCUCUAUACCUGCAUCCUAGGAACCCAACUGGCAUUGUCUUCGAAAAGCUUUGGAAGGACCGCCAAUGGCUCAUUGGCCCUCCCCUAUCUUUCGCCGUUGGAGUCAGUCUGCAUGCUCUUGGAAUGGUCACAAAUGGUGUGUUCGACAGGAAUCCUAAGGUUCAGGUCAUCCUUGGACAUUUGGGGGAGCACAUUCCUUUCGACAUGUGGCGCAUAAACCACUGGUUCGAGGACCGUAAGAAGAAGCUCGGCCUCGACUGCAAGAAAACAAUCCGCGAAUACUUCAAUGAGAACUUCUGGGUGACCACCAGCGGUCAUUUCUCUACGACAACCCUGAAUUUCGUCAAAGAUCAGGUCAGCUCCGACCGUAUUCUAUUCUCCGUUGAUUAUCCUUUUGAGACUUUCGAGGAUGGAUGUGUCUGGUUUGACAACGCGGAGAUGAACACGGGAGAUCGUCUCAAGAUUGGCAGGGGAGAAUGCGAAAGGCCUAUUCAAGCUCAACAAGUACAAGGACUCCAAUGCAAAAGUUAUAUAGACGUCAAGAACUGA